AUGCAACCUGCUUCUCUUCCAUCACUACACAACUAUCACACUCUUGCAACAUCUAAAAGACAAGAAAAUAGGAUGUUUUUUCGCUUCAUCUUCUGCGUAUUUAUUCAUUGUCAUGUUAAGCCCCAAGGGCUCAAAGCCAACAACAUAUUCCUCUUAGCAGGACAAAGCAACAUGGCUGGAUGCGGAGGCGUUUACAAUGACACCAAAACCAACUUGCUCAAAUGGGAUGGACAAGUUCCUCCACAAUGCAUUCCCACUUCCAAAAUCCUCACACUAUCUUUAACCAAGACUUGGGAAAUAGCUUAUGAACCUCUCCAUAAGGAAAUUGAUAAUUUGAAGACCUGCGGGAUGGGACCAGGCAUGCCCUUGUCCAACCAAAUAUUGGCAAAACUUCCAGACUUUGGAGUGAUUGGUCUGGUCCCUUGUGCAGUAGGAGGAACAAAGAUAGAAGAGUGGCAAAAGGGUACUAUACUAUACAAUCAGUUGGUGGAUAGGGCAAGAACUGCAAUGCAAAGUGGUGGAAAUAUUCGUGCAUUGAUUUGGUAUCAAGGAGAGAGUGAUUGUGGAGAGCAAGACUCCAUGCUCUAUAAGGGAAGGUUGGAGAAGUUCUUCAAUGAUGUUCGACUAGAUCUCAACUCUCCUGACCUCCCUAUUAUCUUGGUUCUAAUUUCUGUUGGAGAAGGAAACUUCCUAAGAAAUGUAAGAGAUGCUCAGGUGAAUAUAAACCUGAAGAAUGUUGUGCGCAUUGAUGCCAUGGGCUUAACCCUAUUACCAGAUCAUUUGCAUUUGGAUACAAAGUCUGCUGUUAGCAUUGGUCAAAAGCUAGCUAAUAGUUUUCUAAACAACUUUUAG